UGUGGAGUUUUUGAACUCACUUUUUACUGAGCGGUUGUUGGCGGUUGCAGGAGAAAUAUUUCAGGCAGUCAGAGAUCUUAUUAUUAAGUACCAGGAGCAAACAGAGUGCACCAAACAGGAAAAUAUUUACCUGAGGAAAAUGCUAACGGCUCAACACUUCCAUAAUGCACAAGAUGAUCAAACCACUCAAGCAUUUUCUCAGGAGUUACCGAACAUCACCCAUGGAGCCCUGGAAUUAAAUUCCUCAAGUAUACAAGUGAAGAUGGAGGAUUCAACCAUGCAUCAGAACAUUAAACCACAGCUAUCAUUAAAUAAUCAACCGGCAUGCACUUCUUCCUCUGCAGUGACUGCAUGUUGCGAUUUUCCAGAAAAGCCUAUAAGUGAUGGGAUUGAUAACAACUGUUUUCAUAAUAAGCCAGUAAUGCCAACAAAAUCUGAACCAUGUCAUUCCCUGAUCAUCUCUGAAAUCUCAUCCCCUGUGGUACAAACUGAAAUUGGAACAACUGAGAAUCAUUUGAAAGAUCUUCAAGAUAAUCACAGCCCAAACCUUCCGUCCAAGUGUCGAAUGAUAAAUGAUUCAUUGCAAAGUCAGACUUCUGAAUCAGUUUGUUUUUGUGAAUUUUGCGGAAAGCCUUUCCAACACCGUGCCGAGCUAAAUAAGCACUUGGUGGUCCAUGAAAAAGAGAGUCCAAGACCGUACCGCUGUGAAUGCGGGAAGUGUUAUUCAUAUGCACAAGUGCUUGAGGUCCACCAGCGGACUCAUAUAGCAGAGAGACCAUAUCAAUGUAGAUUUUGUGGCAAAGGUUUUAAUCGAAAGGGUCACUUAAAGGACCAUGAAAGAAUUCACACAGGAGAAAAGCCUUUUAGCUGUUCAAUUUGUGGAAAAUGUUUCACACAGUCCAGUCAGGUCAGGAAACACAUGAUCCACAAUCAUCGCAACGUGAAGUUAUCUUGAAUUAUCAUACAAAAAGGCCUGGAAGUACACCCUUACAUACUGAUGUAGCUUCCUUAUUCCUUUCUGUUUAAUGGUAUACCAGAUUGUUUACUUUGAUAUCUUGUCUUCAGUAAUUUAAAAGGUAACACAUUUCCACCUGGUGUACUGUAUGUUGUAAAACCUUUCAUUUAUUGCUUGGUAUUAUUAUCUUGGUAUUCUUUUUUUCUGUUGUAGUUUCUAUGAUGUAAAUCUUG